AUGAUUCCCAAUAAAGAUAGUAAAGAGUCAAAUGAUAAGACACCAAAUGAACACGAAGAUGGUACUUUUUGUGCAGUAACCAAUCCUGCUACAGGGCAAUAUAUAGAUUUAUCACAAUUAUCGUCUACACCGAAUCUGCCUGGUACAAAGAAGAAAUCGAAGACAAAACCAGAACCAAAGACAAGAUGGUUAGUAAAAGGUUAUGGACCUGAUAUUGACAAAAAUUUUACUAUUAGUAUAUGCUCAAGCCCCGUCAUUCCGGAUAAUGAUGAGACCAAAAAAUUGAGUGACCUAACUGGUGCUUACUAUUCAGUAAAUAAUACUAAAACAAAUAAAAUUGAGGUGAUAUCAAUUGGUAAUUUUAAUACGAAACCUAAACUAUUUGGGAAUAAAAAAUUAACUUUACAAUACGAACAAGGAUCUAAAUGUCCUAAUGGGAUAGAUAAAAGAUCAACACUACUGAGUUUUGUCUGUGAUAGAGAAAUUACUUCCAGAGCACAAAUUAAUUAUAUUGGAAAUUCGAAUAAUUGUUCCUAUUUUUUUGAAGUUAAAAGCAUAUACGCAUGUCCAACUGCUACUAAAAGCAAUGAUAUAAAUGUAUUAGGGAUAUUUCUUGCAAUCAUAUUUGUUUUCACACUUGUGGAACUGUGUAGAAGGUGGAUUAAGAAGAAAAUUGAACGUAACUCCAUAUCUGGACCAACAAUGUCAUCAAGAGGGAAUAAUAUAUACGAUAACACAAACAGUGGUAAUUAUUAUGAUUACCGUACUAGUUAUAGUAAUAAUAAUAAUGAUAACGAUAACAAUAAUUAUGCAGAACCACAGUGGGAACUUUUAGAAGACAAAUCUGUUAUAAAUAGAUGGAUUACUAGAAUACAAGGCAUGUGGCCAAUAAAUAUACGAAGAAAUAACAAUUCUUCCCCAUCAUUUUUGAUAUCAUCACCUUAUAAUGGAUCAAUUAGGUUGGAUCAUUCAAAUAUACUGGGUAAUAAUAACAACACAAGUUCAUUUUUUAGAGAUAUGGAGACACAAAAUGGUAUUUUAGAUCAAUUGGAUAACUUAAAUGAGUCACAAGGUAGCAGUGUAAGGUCUAGUGUCUAUACGGAUUCAUCAGUAAACCAAUCUACUAACUAG